AUGCGCUCGGCGGGCAUUCUAUCGUCGAUAACGGCCUAUCUAACACUGCCCCUCCGCUUCGUAGGCUACGAGUGGAACCGCUCCUCGCCGCUGCGCUCGUCCCCGGACACAGCGUCCCCUAUGUACCCCGACCGGCCCAUUCGGCCUCUCCCCAAACGCCGCCUGCGCGAUCGCAUGUCGCCCGAGCAGGCCGACACUAUCAUAUACCCGCCGAACCCACCGUCGACCGGCCCGCUUUUCAACUUCCCGUACUCAACCGGUGAACGGAGCAGGACGUUGAAUAGGGAGGGCGCGAGCGACCACCACACCUGUCACUGCGGGCAUAACCAUUCCGAGGUGGAGAGCGACGAGGAUGACGAGGGCUUCACGGAUGAGCACGGUCUGCCUCUGCCCUCUUCACCGAGCUACCACUACAGCCGAACUCUGCCCGGCAGACCAGUGACAGGCGCGGUGAGCGCAUACCACAAGCCCGGAUCAACAACGUCUUCGGUGGACGGCUACGAGUCUUUCGAGAACACAAACAACAAGAAGAAGCGAAAAAUUCCCAACAUGGGCGGUGCCAGCACGCAUCCCACGAGUCUGUCCGCAGAAAUGGCCAGCAUGGGCAUAUCGCAUCCCGAUGAACUCGCUGGUCUCGAUGGCAGGGAAGUGUCCGCAAAUUACUACACAUCCGCUCCCUCGACUCCGCAGCACAACAACGCAGGCACAGGCAUCUCGGGCGCAGGCAGAGGGCGAUUUGGCCGCACAUCAUCUGGACGGUCGGAGCGGCGUGUUUUACAUAACUCGACAAACAUCGCCAAUGCCAAAACGAGCAGCAAACGACCUUCAGAUCAACAAGGUAUCAUCUCAACCGCCAUCGCCAACGCACAGGCAACACCACCGCACAUCGGAAACGAAAACGUGAGCCUGCUACAGCAGGAAGCCGCCAAGCCGAGUGCAAACAAGACACAGUUCACCUUUACGUGCGGCUCCGACUCGGCGAAGAAUAUGGUUUGGCCGGGCCAGGAAAACGGCUACCCGCAACCCCCUGGCGCAUAUCCUACAUCGGCAGGUGCACCCCCACCCAGCAGCGGUCCACGCGCACGACCGCCUGUACGUCCUGACAACCCCGUUGUGAACAAUCAAGGCACGCAGACUAGCCCCAACAUGAACGGCGGGGUCCGCCGGAGCAAGCCUUCCACAGGUGCAGUGGCGGACCAGCAAGCACCGGCCCCACGAAAGCCUCGCCGAAGCGCCGCGAAGCUGUACGCCUACGCUGCUCGUAAACGUCGGAUUGAACAAGAGUACCAAAACUUCCACAACCCGCCUGACCCAGCGUGGAUCUGCGAAUUCUGCGAAUACGAGGACAUCUUUGGGAGACCACCAGUGGCUCUUAUUAGGCAAUACGAGAUGAAGGAUCGGAAGGAACGCCAACGUCUGGCUGAGAAGCGUAGGCUGUUGGAGAAGGCCAGGAUGAAAGGUCGCAAGGGCAAAAAGGUCAACAAGAAGGCGCAGCACAACGCCAACAACGCCCAGAACCAUCAAAAUCCUCCACCUGGUGACUACGAUCGGCGUCCAGAAAACGAGCCGCUGGAUGGUCAAGAGGAGGACUAUUAUGAUGACGAGUACGACGAUGCUCCAGCCAACACCGCUGUGCAGCAUCGCCGUUGCGACCACCCUGGCUGUCACCAUCACCACCAUCAUACGCCCGUCAUGCCUCCUGGCGAUUCACGUGGCAGAGAGGCCAGUAGAGCCUAG